CUCUAAGACCAUGGUGUAAACAACAAAAUAUUAUACAUACAAACAAAUAUAUAUUUUUGUUUGCUAUUGUUAUUGUUGUUAUCAUAACAAGAACAAACGCAACGAUGGCCAAAUUAAGCGACACGAAAAUACCAAUAACAGACUUUCUGGAAUCAUACAGACGACAGCCGUGCCUAUAUAAUUCAAUGCUGGACACCUACAAAAAUCGUGUGGCGCGCGAGGAGGCUUAUGGGGCGAUCAUAAGGUCACUUAAAAUACCGCAUUUAACUGUUCUCGAUAUCAAGUUAAAGAUCAAAAGUGUACGCACUGUUUACACCAAAGAAUUGCGCAUUCUAAUGCGCGAAAAGGAAUUGGGCAGAUGCUAUGAGCCCAAGUUGUUUUGGUUUAAGCGCGCCGAUUCAUUUCUUCGCUCCGUUUCGCUCUCCCACUGCAAACGCCUCAAGAAUAAGAAUGGCGAUGUCGAAAAUACAAGUGUAACCAUUAAAAAGGAGGCACCACAGAAAAUACUGCUGACUGCAACAGCUGGACUGAUUGAGGAUGCCCUGCAGGAGCAUCGGGAGCAGGAGGAGGAGGAGGACGAUGAAUCCGAGUCUGGUGAACGGUUGAACGACGAUGUGGAUGAGCAUGGAAAUAAGUUGCAUGGCAGCACAGUCAGCCUAGCAACAAACACAAACAACAACAAACCGGAGCUCAUUAUUGAUGAUUCCUCAAUAUGCAUUAUGGAACAGCAGCAACAACAACAGCAGCAGCAACAGCAACAACAACAGGCGGUGCAACGUAAAUUAAAAUAUAUGCCGUACAUGCAUCAGUUGCAAUCGCAACAACAGCAGCAACAACAACAGCGUCUAUCAACUCCAUUUACAUCGCCAUCGCCAUCACAACAACUCGACUUAUCCUCAUCCUCCAAUGCUGCUCUGUGUUUUACCACGCCCAAUGGGGCAACAGUCAGUAACAACGAUGAUGAUUUGAUUAUAUUUGGCCAAAGCAUUGCCUCCCAAUUGCGCUCCAUUCCGGAUUCAUAUUCGCGAUCCCUUGCCAAGCUCCGCAUUCAGCAGGUACUGUUUGAGGCCGAGACGGGACAAAAUAGCGAAGCAGUCAGUCCGCAUCUGCAUAGCUUCUAACACAGAAAUAGGACCUAAGAGAGGUCACAGUCAUACGUGUAUAUACAUUACUUGUAAAUAAUUAUUUAUUUGGUAAUAUUUAAGAUUUAACUUAA